AUGGAUUUCCGAGCAACCGUGCCGACGAGGGAUCAGCGGCGGUCUGCCGUCGGCCGCUCCGGUGGCCUGGCGGCGCUCUCGGCCGGCCUCUCGCGUGUCCUCGCCGACAAGCACCCAGACAGCAACAUCGUCUUCUCGCCGCUGUCCAUCUACACCGCGCUGGCGCUCGUGGCCGCCGGCGCCCGCGGCCCCACUCUGGAGGAGAUCCUCAGCGUCCUCGGCGCGCGGUCCCGCGAAGAGCUCGACGAGUUCGUCGGCGCGACGCGGGACGCGCUGCAGGACCGGUCGGGCUCCGGCGGCCCGCGGUUCGCGUUCGCGUGCGGCGUGUGGAACGACCUGUCGUGCCCGCUCAAGCCCGGCUUCCGCGAGGCCGUGGUCGACGGCGCGUACAAGGUCGAGGCGUCCACCGUCGACUUCCGCGGCGAUCACAGGGGAGCAUGCCGGCUGAUCAACAAGUGGGCGGCGCGCGCUACGAACGGCCUCAUCGACUUCGUUCUCAGCGAAGGCUCCGUGACCCCGGACACCCGCGUCGUGCUCGGCAACGCCGUGUACUUCAAGGGCAAGUGGGAAGAACCCUUCAGCAAGGGAGACACGGAGAAGGCGCCGUUCCGCCGGCUACGCGGCGGCGCCGUCGACGUGCCCUUCAUGCACAGCGGGAAGCACCAGUUAUUCGUAGCCGUGCACGACGGAUUCAAGGUGCUAAAGCUUCGGUACAAGAUGUUGGACGCCUUCUUAACACCCACACAGUUCUCCAUGUGCAUCUUCCUCCCGGACGCCGACGACGGCCUGCGCAGCCUGAUCGACGCCAUCGCUUCACGUCCGAGCUUCCUGCACGAACACAUGCCUCGUCACAAGAUCGAAGUCCGUGACUUCCGUGUGCCCAGGUUUAAGCUAUCCUUCCACCAAAGCGUCGUCGACAACCUGAAGGAGCUAGGCCUCCAACUUCCAUUCAGCCCCAAGGCCGACCUGUCCGACAUGACGGAGGACGACCACUCCGGUUUCCGGCAGGGCCUGAACAACGUAAUCCACAAGGCAAUCAUUGAGGUGAACGAGGAAGGCACUGAAGCUGCCGCCGCCACCAUGGUUUGUAUCAACCCUACGGCCUCCGCGACGCCGCAGCCAUGGGUAGAUUUUGUCGCUGAUCAUCCGUUCGCCUACUUCAUUGUGGAGGAGGAGACUGGCGCCGUCGUCUUUGCCGGGCACGUCCUAGACCCGUCGAAAGUUGUACGUGACCAAGCCCGUGGUAUCCAGGGAUCGUUACAUGUUUACCAGGGUGCCAUCGCCAAUACUGCAAAUAUAGUCGUCACAGAUCAGUGUCACACCACGAAGCAGACUAAACCGGCGAUCGAUACGAUGGACUUGGGCGUGCGGACUAGGUCUCAGAGGCUGUCUGCCGGCGGUUCCAGCGAGGGCCUCGCGGCGCUCUCCGCCGGCCUCGCACGGCGCCUCGCGGACGAGCACGCAAACAGCAACCUGGUCUUUUCGCCGCUCUCCGUCUACACCGCGCUCGCGCUCGUGGCCACCGGCGCCCGCGGCGCCACCCUGGACGAGAUCCUCCGCGUCCUCGGCGCCCGGUCCCGCGUAGAGCUCGACGAGUUCGUCGCCCGCGCAGCCGGGGACGCGCUGCGUGACCAGUCACGCUCAGGCGGCCCGCGCGUGGCGUUCGUGUGCGGCGUCUGGAGCGACCAGUCGUGUCCGCUGAAGCCAGGCUUCCGCGAGGCCGUCGUCGCCGGCGCGUACGGGGCUGAGGCCUCUGUCGUGAACUUCCACGGCGACCCCAAUGGAGCAUGCCGGCUGAUCAACGCGUGGGCGGCACGCGCCACCAAGGGCCUGGUUGACUCUGUUCUCGCCCAAGGCUCGGUAACCCGAGACGCCCGCGUCGUGCUCGGCAGUGCCUUGUACUUCAAGGGCAGGUGGGAGCAUCCCUUCAACAAGAGGAGCACGCAGGAUGGGCUCUUCCGCCGGCUCGGCGGCGCCGGCGCCGUCAACGUGUCCUACAUGCAGAGCUGGAAGAGGCAAUUCGUGGCCGUGCACGAUGGGUUCAAGGUGCUCAAGCUUCAGUACAAGAUGGCGGAAGCGCGCCGGAGCCACGCCGGCAAUUCAAACAAUCGCCUUGGUGAUCCAAAAAGGCCGACACCAUACUCUCGGAGCUCCGACGGCCAGAACCGGCGUGGAUCCGUUGCUCACAAUAAUACUAAGGCAUCAGGCCAUGCGAACACUCAAGACAGUUUUUCUACUCCUACAAGCUUCUCCAUGUGCAUCUUCCUCCCGGACGCCGACGAUGGCCUACUAAGCCUUCUGGACGCAAUCGCUUCAUUUCCGAGCUUCCUGCACAAGCACCUUCCUCGUAAGGAAGUCAAAGUCGGCGAGUUCAAGCUGCCAAGGUUCAAGCUGUCCUUCCACAGCAGCGUCGUCAACGCCCUCGACAAGUUGGGCCUCCGGUUGCCGUUCCAUGAAGCAGCCAACCUAUCCGAUAUGGCGGAGGAUGACGACUCCGGCUUCCCACUGGCCGUGAGCGAUGUCAUCCACAAGGCAGUCAUCGAGGUGAACGAGGAAGGCACCAAGGCCGCCGCCGCCACCAUUAUUAGUAAUUUUCCGAAGAAGAUGCCAAUGCCGCUGCCGCCGGUUGAUUUCGUUGCUGACCAUCCGUUCGCCUUCUUCAUUGUGGAGGAGGAGACCAAAGCCGUCGUCUUUGCGGGGCAUGUCCUCGACCCCUCUAGAGAGUAG